AUGAGGUCGGCUGAACAACAGCUUAGAGCUGCAGAAGUGCAGCCAGGGUUUGGCCUUGUUUUGCUCGAACUCUUGCGCUCGGGCAGUGUAGACACUUCUGCAAGGCAAGCUGGAGCAAUCUACUUCAAAAACUACAUUAAGCGCCAGUGGUGUGUGGAAGGUGCUGGUGGCGGUAUCUCAUCCUCUGAUCGACAGGCCAUCAAGCAGCACAUCCUUUCUUUAAUGCUGCAGGCGCCAAAACAGGUGCAGGUACAGCUCUCAGCUGGACUAGAGGAGAUUUCGAUCACCGACUACCCAGCUGAGUGGCAGUCACUGCUGCCAGAGAUGGUUCAGCACCUCAAAACCUCCCAGGACAUGUCCAUCUUGAAGGGAACCAUGCAGACUGCACAUACAGUCUUUCUGAAGUUCCGAGCCCAGGCGCGAUCGGAAGAUCUGCUCCGAGAGGUGAAGUACACCGUGACUGGGUUUCAAGAGACCCACCUAGCGGUCUUUACUGCCACGUGCACGCGGGUCUUGGGCGGGCUGCCGGCGGAUCAGUUAGUGACUCAUUUUGAGCUCCUCUUGGCAACCAUAGGAGCGUUCUUUUCUCUGAAUGUGAUCGACUUACCAGAGUUUUUUGAGGAUCACAGAGAGGAAUACUUCAGAGGUUUUCUAGAGUUGCUAAAGUUCCAGCACGAGGCUGUAGCUGGGCAAGGUCAGCAGGGGCUGCUCGAACAGGUCAAAGGUGCCAUUUGCGAGUGCUUUGUGCUGUACGCAGAGAAGUAUCAGGAAGAGUUCAUGCCUUUCCUACUUCCCUGUGUGAAGGAGGUUUGGACGCUGCUCGUUGGCCUGGAUCAGCAGGAGAAAAAUGAUCAGCUGGUUGCCAAAGGCAUUCACUUCUUAUCGUCCACUGCCGCCACUCAGUGGCCACAGUCACCCUUCGAGGAUCCCAACGUCUUGUCGGGCAUUUGCGAGAAGGUGGUUUUCCCCAAUGUCCUGCUGCGGGACUCGGAUGUGGAGCUGUUUGAGGAAAAUCCGCUCGAGUACGUGCGGCGCGACAUGGAAGCAGCUGACCAGGAGACGCGUCGGCGAAGCUCAAUGGACUUGGUCAAGGCCAUGGGAAAGGUGAAUGAAGCCAAGGUCACAGAGAUCCUCAUCGGAUACGUGAAGGCCUUGAUGGAGAAGGCAUCACAAGCUGCUGCUGGACAGGCAGAGCGCUACAAGGAUGCCUGCAUUUUUCUCUGCAUUGCCAUGGCAGUGCGGGAGCAGACCCACCGAGAGGGAGUCACUGCCACAAACCAGAAUGUCAACGUGCUGGAUUUCUUUAGUUCGCUGGUGGUUCCAGAGCUCACUUCUGAACCUCUGGCACAACGUCCGGUGCUUCGAGCCUCAUGUCUGAAGUUCGUGACCGUGUUCAGGAACCAGCUUCCUAGAGAACAAAUCAGCCAGCUUCUUCCUGCAAUCUGCAAACACAUCACUGCAGAAAGUGCAGUGGUGCACACCUAUGCUGCCAUUUGCAUCGAGAAGCUGCUCAGAGUGAAGGACAAGACCCCACAGGCCGACGAGUCCACAACACCCUGUACAGGUUGCAUCAGGGCCGAGGGCACCGAUGUGCCAAAUGCCAGAGGAGACUUGGAUGUAUCCCACCUGGCCUCUGUGUGGAGAUCUCUUCUGCCCACGGAGCGAGAGCAAGCUGAGAUGGAUUCGGUGCGUGUGGAGCGAAACGAGGGCGAAGGCCACAAUAACUAUUCAUCCUUCAACGGUGAAGGUCCUUUGGGACAGCUCACCUCGUUGGGAUAUAGACAAUGUCGUAGUGCUGGGGCGGAGUUGAGGCGCCGCUACCCUAUGGCCAGCAUCCGUGCCUUUAGUACUGCUUUGGAUCAGAGGCUCCUGUGCAAGUCCCUGCACCGAGAAGUCAGACGUUGCUCCCAAACUACGAUGGCACCUGCUGGCGCUAUGCCAAGCUGA